UGUCGACGUCUGAAGUUUACUACAACAGUUGAUGGAUAUGCUCUCAAAGGUCAUGUAAUCAAGAAUAUCUCCUUCAAAGCUGCUAUUCAUCUGCACAGUCAUUGUAAAAACCUAUGUAUAAUGGAGGAUACCUGUGUAUCUAUCAAUAUAGGUCUCUUAAAAGGCCGAUUUCUUUGCCAGCUGAGUAACUCUGACCACAUAAAAGAUCCAGGAGAUCUUGAGAAUGAGGAAGGAUUCACGUAUAGAGGCAGAGAGGGGAGCAACCCGCUCAAUUUCACAAAGGUAAGCAAAUUUAUAUCAAAUUCAGACGAUCAGGUCUGCUAGUGGUCGAUGCCAGGAUCUGUUCGCGUACAGGAGCAGAAAUGACUUCAUGUUGCUGUGAUCUGUCAGAGUACAGGCGCAGCACUGAAGUCACGUUUCUAUGCGUCGUUAAAGCGCAAAGAAAACAUUUCAAAAGCCAUGCAGUUUGAAGUCAGUUCUUUAUUCUCCUUGCCGGUAAACUGUUAUCAAAAAACAAAACUAGGAAAAGAGGCCCGAAAGUGAAGCAUUAAAGAAAAAACCCUUUCUUCUCUCUUUGCCAACAUAAUUUAAGAUAAUGGACAGUUUUGGAAAUCCAAUCUUAAUUGGAAGACAACAAGGCAAUGACAAUUGAGAAGAGCCAAGAAACUUAGCAAUAUUAAAGAGGGGGUGAAUACAGAUUUCAUUUGGAAAAACUUAAUGAAAAAUUGAUGAAAUUGAAAAAAAAUACAUAGAAAAAUUUGAUGCAAUAUCUUUGUUUUUUUCAUCAGUAUAUUACAUCACAGCAUUAAGAUGGAGAUCACCUUUUUUCAGCGUGUAGCCAUGAUUAUAGUACUCAGUCUGUUUCUUCUUUAUAAGCACUUCUAUCAAAAUCCAAUAGAACAACCUAAAUCAAAAAGAAAACAUGUUUAUGAUUAAAGUUGAUUAAGCUAUACUUUUGGUUUGGUUUCAGAGCGCGUGCCACACCAGUCCGUGUCUAAAUGGAGGCACAUGCCAACCUGGAAUAACGGUUAUGGACUAUAAAUGUGUCUGUCAAUCCGGCUUUAAGGGAAAAGGAUGUGAA